AGUCUGGUUUUGUGUUUCAAAGAGCGUGGUUCGCGACAUCCACCUGCUCGAACGCAGAGAUUCGACGGACGUAACUUCAACGAUUGGUUAAUUUCGAUUUUUAAACGUGUCCGCCAUUUUUUUUUAAAUAUUUCCACCAUUUUUUUUAACUUAUUCCGCGGGUUUUAAAAAAAAAAAUUUUUUAAUUUUGGAAACUUUUUGUGUUUUUUUUUUUUUAAAGUUGUGUUUGGAGUUUUGUUUUUAUGUUUUAUUUGUUUAUAAUGUUACCGCGAAGUGGUCGCGUUGUGUUUGAUUUGUAAAGUGAUUUUUUUCUUGGAGGAUGUUUGUUUGAGUAGUGAACCUUUUUGAAAUAAUUAAGGCGCGAUGCUGCUGCUUUGGAAACUAUUGUGGUCCUUGCUCAUGCUGGCUCAAGCUGCUAUGGGUAACUGGUGGAACCUAGCAGUACCUCUGUCUGAUCAGAGCGGCAACACAUCUUUGGAAGCAGUUACAACGUUACGCAAGGAGAGCUGCCACAGAUUAGAGUUUCUCGUAGAGCGACAGAAAAAACUGUGUAUGCUUUCCGAUAAAAUGAUCCAGGUUCUGCAGACGGGCGCGAUGCAGGCUGUCGAAGAAUGCCAGCACCAGUUCCGAAACAGCAGAUGGAACUGUAGUAUCGUCGAGAACUCCACCGACAUCUUCGGGGGUGUUUUGAAAUACAAAUCACGCGAAUCGGCUUUCGUGCACGCGUUGUCCUCGGCCGCUUUGGCUCACGCUGUGGCCAGGGCCUGUAGUCGCGGCGAGCUGAACGAUUGCUCCUGUGAUUCUAAGGUUCGGAAGCGGACACCAAGACAUUGGCAAUGGGGAGGGUGCUCUGAGGACAUUCGCUACGGAGAAAUUUACAGUAGAGACUUCCUCGAUUCUAGAGAAGACAGAACCACUGAUGAAGGUCUCGUCAAUCUUCACAACAACGACGCUGGAAGACGGGCUGUCCGAUCCCGCAUGCAGCGCGUGUGCAAGUGUCACGGAAUGUCGGGCUCCUGUUCGGUCAGGGUCUGCUGGCGUCGUCUGCCGCAGCUCCACGUGGUCGGGGACGCGCUUUCCACUCGAUACGAAGGCGCUUCCCACGUGAAGGUCAGCAUCGUCGAACGAAAAAAGGGCAAGAACUUACGAAAAAUACGACCGAUACACGCCGACAUGAAGAAACCAAACAAAACCGAUCUAGUUUACUUAGAAGAUUCACCUGACUACUGCGAACCAAAUGAAGAGCUCGGGAUCCUGGGGACUCGUGGUCGGACCUGCAACCGAACCUCGGCAGGUAUCGACGGGUGUCGCCUCCUCUGCUGCGGGCGAGGGUACCAGACGAGGGUCCAGGACUACGAGGUGAAGUGUAAGUGCCGAUUCGUCUGGUGCUGCCGCGUACAAUGCGAGAUAUGUAGAUUCAAACGCGACCACCAUGUCUGCAAUUGAGGAUACGAAAAUACAUUUUAAGUCUGAGUUGUAGACAUAACUGAAACUGCUUCUACGAUUUAAUCUCACGUUUAUUAUUGUCAGCGUAUUAUUACUGACGUUUUGAUAUUUGAAUAUUGCAACAGAUACGAUGAACUUAGUUCUUAAGCUGCUUUCAGACUACUAUACUAUAGUGCCAUAUAGUAUAUAACGUGUCUGUGUCUGAGGGUGUCCCUGGGUAUGCCGAUGUUACAUGAGACCCAGUCGCAUCACUCCCCAAAAGGUGGUCUAUGGGUCGAGAGACACGGGGCCGAGUCGCACCACUUCUUGACACGUCACCAGCGGCAGACAACCGGUGAACAGGAGACUCUGUGAGGAGGAUCUCAUCAAAGAGGGAUAGACGAAGUAAACGUGUCCUUUUAUAAUAUUAAGGUGUCAUUUCUCGAAGAUUCUGCAGGCCAGAGAUGUGAAAAAUUUGCCGUCGUAUAAUCGAGACAAAAUCGCACAGUCGCGACAUGCAGUGUCCAGUAACCGAACUAAUUUGUAUGUAUUAAAAAAAAGGUAUUGAAUUCUCCACACUGCGCCACGUACAAUCGCUAGAGGGCGUUGCCAGUAAUUUAGAAAAAGGUUUAAAUUAAUGGAAAUGAAAUAUUCUGGCGUUACAAGUAUAGCAGCUUAUACUUAGCCAAUAAUAUAUAGUAUAGUACAGUGUGAACGUGUCCGUAACAAUGUAUGGUGCGCGAUAUUGUUGUACUAUGAGCUAUAUACUAUAUUAUAUUAUAGCGUAGUCUGUAAGCAGCUUUAGUCUUUGUAUAUCUUAGUGACCACGAAAACCGUACAGUAUUCAAUAACACAGAAAUAGUGUAAUAAUAAUAGUAAUAUUAGCUGGGAACAAAUCAUUCAUGAUCAUCAGGCCCCAAUUGAUGAUCACUUGUGUUAUGGGUACCGGAGGCUGAUACAUACUGAUAAAUGUCUAAAUAUAUACAUUUAUAGAUAAUAAACACCCACACACACACACCACAAAGAGCAAACAAAUCUGUUCACCGUAAAAUGUUUGUGCGAUGUGGAAAUCGAACCCGCGACCCUUAGCACAACAGUCAGGGCCACUAGCCACGGCACCACCGAGUCAGUAAUCUAUAAAUAUAAAAAUGAAUUGCUGUUCGUUAGUCUCGCUCGAGAACGGCUGGAUCGAUUUAGCUAAUUUUGGUCUUGAAUUAUUUGUGGAAGUCCAGAGAAGGUUUAAAAGGUAAAGUAUAAAUAUGAAAAUGCUCAGAACUAAAUAAAAUAACAAUUUUGUUUUUCCUUUGAUGUGUUCCCCAUCGGACGGAUUCCUUUUGUUUAUUUUAUACAAAACUUGAGGUCUUUUAUUUAUCGAUUGAGGCACUAUGAAAUCUGCCGGGUCAGCUAAUAGACAAUAAAAAAAACGAGAGAUUAAUCCGUAAAAGUGAUUUUAAUUAAAUGAAUAUCUUUGUCGUUUUAGAUGAUUCAUUCAUUCGCGUUUCAAUCUACAUUCUGUCUGUGUUACAACCCUGUGUUAGAAUCGAAAUAAUUUAUGUUUACGUAGGGACAUAACUGACGUUGAAUCCAGGUACAGAAUUCGCGGUAUUUCCGAACAAAAAUAAACAUAACAAUAAAUAAAUAUGCACCGGAGUAGAGUUCAUCCAUACUACCUGGAGCCACUGCGGUCAUCCACAGUGCGUUUCCAGAGGUCUUUUUUGCCACGUACCAUCCGGCUAUGGAAUGAGCUCCCCUCCACGGUGUUUCCCGAGCGCUAUGACAUGUCCAUCUUCAAACGAGGCUUGUGGAGAGUAUUAAGCGGUAGGCAGCGGCUCUGCCCCUGGCAUUGCUGAAGUCCAUGGGCGACGGUAGCCACUCACCAUCAGGUGAGCCGUAUGCUCGUCUGCCUACAAGGGCAAUAAAAAAAAAUGCAUGUAAAAUAAACACGCGUUCCGACGAUAAACAAAUAAUUUAGUUAUGUACAUAUAAGUCAUAUAAUUUGUAACAAGAGAGGAGUAUUAAACCAACACUCGGGCAAGACAAUUGUGUUCCAUUCGAACAAGAAACUCCCUUCAGGUCUAAUACUCCUCUCUUAUUACAAAUUACAUGGCUUAUAUGUACACUAAAAUUUAACAAAAAUAUUUUGUAAGGCAAUACUAAAUAUAAAUCUUCCUGAAUGUUUGCGUUUUGAUUGAUAAAUUGAGGCAAUCUUGAAAAAUAUUUAAACAACAAAAAAAAUUCUAUUAAUUAAAAAGACUGCAUUCGUUUUCUCUAGAAUAUUCUGUCAUUUAUAACAUUUUAAAAGAAAAACGUGUUCAUGAUUUAUUCUGACUGAAAUUAUUAUUUGUAGUGUUACAUAAAAUUCAUAUUAUGCUAAGCUUUAAUAAUAUUUACAGUAUUAAUAAUUUAUUAUUUAGCUUGUAUUUUGUGUAAAAAGAUGUAAAUAUCUCCCAGGUAGUCAAUAAGUGUACUAUUUUAUUUAGUUUCCUUUUUGGUUUCUGUAAAUACCCACUGUGCUUGCACAGUUAAAUUUUCUACCUCAGAAGAUCUUCUCAUUUUCGUCUUUUAGUUAAUAGUACGAUGUUACGUAAUGUAGUAAUUAGAAUUAACAAGAUUUCUAAUUUUUCAAUAAUAUUUUUCUCAUUAACAAAAGUUCUUUAGCUUAAUAUUCGAUUUCCUUCGAAGAUGACUGACUUCUGUAGACGAAGUAUUCGAUAGACAGAUUCUUUAGCAGAUACGUCUUAUACUUGUCAUUACCGAUGUUGUUAGACUAGAUUUUACACUUUACAUAAAUUGAAUUUAUCGAUAACCUACCUAUUGAGGCAACAGAUCAGCACUUAUUUUCCAAAAUUUUCGCGAAAACUAUAAGGAUGAGCUGAACACGACGUCACAUGGGGCUAAAAAAAGCGAUAAGCUAACCAUAGAUAAAACAAAACAUGACAUCAUGCGUUGGUGCUUAAAUUUUUUUAAUUUUUUAUUGCUUAGAUGGGUGGAUGAGCUCACAGUCCACCUGGUGUUAAGUGGUUACUGGAGCCCAUAGACAUAUAUAAUGUAAGUGCACCACUCACCUUGAGAUAUAAGUUCUCAGGUCUCAGUAUAGUUACAGCGGCUGCUCCACCCUUCAAACCGAAACGCAUUGCUGCUUCACGGCAGAAAUAGGCGGAGUUGUGGUAUCUACCCGUGCGGAUUCAUAAGAGGUCCUACCACGGGUAAUAAGCUUAUCGCAGAGACCACACUUUUUAAAGGCACCCAUGACCGCUAAAUUUUUAUUAGUAAAUAAACAAAGGUCGGGUUAAUUCGACCUUAGUAUGUAAACUUGUAAAAAACUUGUAAAAAAAUUUGUAAACUUAAUUCACAACGUGAAUUAAGUUUACAAAUUAGUAGGAAAGCUUAUUUGAAAUAGCGCUUAAGCAGUGCUUUAUAAAAUAACUUAAUUAAGCGUUAUCGCUUUUAACAUUAUGAACUCUUUACGAUAUCAGGCCAAACAAAUAAGCGCAAUUGACAAGUACUAUAUGAGUCGACUAUUAUCAAAGCCGGCAAUGUGACUUUUGGACAAUUAUUGGUAAAUCAGAAAAACGAAUUAUUGACUUUGUAUUCCAUUGGCAGUCACAAAACUCUUCGGAACGACAUCUUAGAUAAAUAACAGGUUAACUAUUAACCUUUAUUUAAUGCAGGUUUUGAACCGUAUUCUUUGAAGGAGACGAUUAUAUUCAAAUCAAUCUGUAUUGACAUAUCAAUAAAAUGUUUUUGUCCAAAUGCACAGAUUGCCACCUUUGAUAAUAGACGACUCAUAUACAGUAUUUUUAAGAGUUUUAACGUAAAUACUUCGCUAACGAUUCUUCUUCUUUCUUCUUCUUUUUCUCCGCCUUAUCCCACUAGGUGGGGUCGGCACAGCUAAUUUUUCUCUUCCAUUCUCUUCUAUCAGCCGUCAUCUCAACACUCACUCCUCUCUCUCUCAUAUCGGCAUUCACACACUCCAUCCAUGUCUUCUUGCGUCGACCUCUUCCCCCUCUACCUUGCACUACCAUUUCCAUACAUCUCCUAGUCACAUGCAUCUUCUCUCUACGCAUCGCAUGUCCAUGCCACGCUAACCGUCCACUCCUUAAUUUGUUGUUUACCGAGGCCACUUUCACACUUACUCUGAUAUACUCAUUCUUUAUCUUAUCCAUUCUUGUCACUCCACACAUCCAUCUCAACAUUAAAGCCUGCGAUUUAAAAAAACGAACCCUUUAUUACUAUGCAGUCUAUUUUUUCUAUUGUUAUGAAUUUUAAGGGGUUUAUGAUACACCACUACAAAAUAAUACGUUGUAAAUAUCGUUUGAAUAGUUUUAUUAAUUUUAACUUAUUGUAUUAGAAUGUGAUAGCAUAUUAUGAUAAUUCCUUUGUAGAAUUACGUACCUUCAUUUAUAUCAUUCAAUUAGUAUUUCGAAACAUUGUUAAUUGUAAAUAAUUAGUUGUAGUUUGUAAUAUACUUAAUAAUCUUGUAGACUUAUAAACGCAAUAUGGCAUUAUGUGUGGUACUAACUACAUUAUGAUAACAUUUUACAGUUUAAAAAAUGAAUUUAAAUCUUUUUAUCGUUUUUGGAGAAUCUUUAAAAUUAUCGAUGCUUCGCUACUAUGCCAACUGUCAAAUUAAGACGAAAAUAUUACUUAGGUUCCUCUAUUCAACGACAGAUGGCGCUAAACCAUAAAUAAGAGUACCCCUCAUACUGUUAAAUAUUAAUAUGUAUUUAAGUUAGGUACUUAGUUCUAAAAGCCAAAUCGAAUAACGCGUUUAUAUAUAAUACUAGCUGUUUAUAUGGUAUCGCUAAUGUCCAUUUCAUCUCUAGAUAUUAUAUAUUGUAGUAGUUCUUUUUGGAAUUAUAUUGUGUAAACUGAAGAGUGAAUUAUUCCACGACAUUUUUCAAUAUAUAGUUCAUGUUAAUAAUGAUAUUUUUUUAUUCUUGUAAUCUUUAUUGCCAUCUGAUAUUCAAUGUAGAAUGAAGAUUUGGUGAAGAUCUCAAUACAUCAAAGUCUGUUUGAUUGCAAUUUUAAUAAAAAUUACUGCUUUAGGUUCAAAUAACGUAAGUUCUAUGGAAGAUCAAAUAAUUGCAGUAAAAUAGUUUUAAAACGAUCUAUAUUUACGAUUUUCUACGUCUUUUACUACUAAAUAACGUAUUUUAUUGAAUUCUUAGCGAAUUUAUGUAUUUUGUGAACCAAAUCAACUAGGAAUCUCUGGUCGGUUUCUUUAUGGCUUAAGUACUUAUUAAACCAUUUUAAUUAUGAAUGUACAAUGUGAAUGAAAUAAAUUGAAUGUUUUAGA